AUGGCAAUGGAAAAAAUCAAUUCAAGUUCUGAAGGCUACUUUGUUCUACUGGGUUUUUCUAAUUGGCCUCAUCUUGAAUUUGUUCUCUUUGUGGUUAUCUUGAUGUUCUACUUGAUGACAUUGGUAGGCAACCUAUUUAUCAUUAUCUUGUCAUACUUGGACUCCCAUCUCCACACACCCAUGUAUUUCUUCCUCUCAAACCUCUCUAUUUUGGAUCUCUGCUACACCACCAGCUCCAUCCCUCAGUUGCUUGUCAACCUCUGGGGCCCAGAGAAAACCAUCUCUUACUCUGGUUGCAUGAUUCAGCUUUACUUUUCCCUUGCAUUGGGAACCACAGAAUGUGUGCUACUGGUGGUGAUGUCCUAUGACCGUUAUGCAGCUGUAUGUAGACCCUUGCAUUACACUGUCCUCAUGCACCCUCGCUUAUGCCAUAUAUUGGCUGCGGCUUGUUGGGUGAGUGGUUUUACCAACUCAGCACUUCAUUCCAUCUUUACCUUCUGGGUACCCCUGUGUGGACAUCGCCAAGUGGACCAUUUCUUCUGUGAAGUUCCAGCACUGCUGCGACUGUCAUGCGUUGAUACCCGUGCCAACGAGCUGACCCUCAUGGUCAUGAGCUCCAUUUUUGUUCUCAUACCUCUCAUCCUCAUUCUUAGUUCCUAUGGUGCCAUUGCCCAGGCUGUACUGAGGAUGCAGUCAACAACUGGACUUCAGAAAGUCUUUGGCACAUGUGGAGCCCAUCUUAUGGUUGUAUCCCUCUUUUUCAUUCCAGCCAUGUGCAUAUAUCUCCAGCCACCAUCAGGAAAGCCUCAAGAUCAGGGCAAGUUCAUUGCCCUGUUUUAUACUGUUGUCACACCUAGCCUCAACCCUCUAAUCUACACUCUCAGAAACAGAGAUGUAAGAGGGGCAGUAAAGAGAUUAAUGGGGCAAGAGUGAGCUCCUAUACUUGUGACAUUAACCAUAUAA